UAAGAUGUCAGCAGCAUGAGUGUACCCUCACGCAGACACACAACCUACACAAUACUCAACAACCUGUUUUGUGAAAAAAAUCUGCAAAGUUCCAACGGUCCUGUAAAGAAGUCCAUGCGGGAGAAGGCUGUCGAGAGAAGGAAUGUCAAUAAGGAGCAUAAUAGUAAUUUCAAGGCGGGAUAUAUUCCGAUCGAUGAAGAUCGCCUCCAUAAAACGGGAUUGAGGGGGAGAAAGGGCAAUUUAGCCGUCUGUGUCAUUAUCCUGUUGUUUAUCCUGGCUGUCAUCAACUUAAUUAUAACACUUGUUAUCUGGGCUGUGAUUCGCAUCGGGCCAAAUGGCUGUGACAGCAUGGAGUUUCAUGAAAGCGGCCUGCUCCGGUUUAAGCAAGUAUCUGACAUGGGAGUUAUACAUCCUCUUUAUAAGAGCACAGUAGGAGGAAGGCGAAAUGAAAACUUGGUUAUCACUGGCAACAACCAGCCUAUUGUUUUCCAGCAAGGGACAACAAAGCUCAGUGUCGAAAAGAACAAAACUUCUAUCACCAGUGACAUUGGCAUGCAGUUUUUUGACCCGAGGACACAGAAUAUCUUGUUCAGCACAGACUAUGAAACUCAUGAGUUUCAUUUGCCAAGUGGAGUGAAAAGUUUGAAUGUUCAAAAAGCAUCUACCGAAAGGAUUACCAGCAAUGCUACUAGUGACUUAAAUAUAAAAGUUGACGGGCGUGCUAUCGUGCGUGGAAAUGAAGGUGUAUUCAUUAUGGGCAAAACCAUUGAAUUUCACAUGGGCGGUAAUAUGGAGUUAAAGGCAGAAAACAGCAUCAUCCUAAACGGAACUGUGAUGGUUAGCACAAAUCGCCUACCUAGUUCCUCCAGCGGAGACCAGUUUGGGACGGGCAACUGGGUGCGCUACAAGCUGUGUAUGUGUGCGGAUGGGACGCUCUUCAAAGUACAAGUGACGGGUCAGAACAUGGGCUGCCAGAUCUCAGACAAUCCCUGUGGAAACACUCACUAGAAGAACCCGAGAGGUCACCUGCGUGUUCAUAUUGUGACUUUUUUUAAGAGUGUGCAUGCAAGUCAUGUUUUUAGAGAGUUUGCGAUAACUCUCACCUACAGAGCACUACCGUACCUAUUAUGUAAUAAUCUCCAUAUUUAAAAGAUUCUCAGCUUAAAUUUGAAUACAUUUCAUUAAGUUGCACUGAUCUUCAAAUUACAGUUCUAAAGUAAUUAUCAGAAGUGAAUACAAGCAAAAUUCAUUUUUAAAGAAGGAUUUUUAAAAUCCCACUGUUCCUUAUCUAAAGGAUAAAGGGCUGAAGCAA